AAUGACAGUUGCAUUAAAAACUAGCAACAGCGAUUUUAAAGCGGAAUUAUUGCAUUUAGUAAAAUAUUUUCAUGUGCAAUUAUUAUUUAGCUUUACUUAGAAGCCCUUUUUAUGAUGAUGUCAACAACAGAAGGAGAACUGGAUGUCGCAGAAUUGGAUGAAUUAGAAGAGGGCGAGUUAGAAGAUUCCGACGUAGAAUACGGUACGUAUGUUCCACUUCCGAGGCCUGAAGCCAUUAAACUUCCGUCGCUCGUAAACAUGCAAAUUCAGGACGAACAGAGUGAUGAGGAUUCAGCCCAAGAAUCGUCAGGUUCAGAGUCGGACGAUGAACCGCGAAGACGUGCUAAACGCACUAAGCUGCGUCCCAAGAGGCCUCAACAGCAGGCCCACAGUGCUAAAAAAGAUAAAUAUAAUAUUUGGUGCAAAGCAUUGGAGGAAGAUAUUUUAACAGAAGAUAUGGUUAGCUGUGAUGUGUCAAAGAAAAGUAGAUAUGGCGUUGAAUCUUAUGAUUACACUAUUAGGUAUAGAUUAGAUGACCACUAUAUUUCCAAAAAAGUAUUUACCAAUAAUCAUAAACAUAGCAAUAAGGAACACUCUACAAAUAAAAGAAGUUACUCUGACCGUUCAAAUGUUAAACUAAGGCUUGGAAAAAGAACAAACAGUGAACAGCCAUCAGAGAGUAAACAAAAUCCAAGAAACUUGAUAGAUUUGUGUGUGACCUCAGAACAUCCUAUAGAGCAAAUUGCUCAAGAUAUAGCAGAGAAAUUGUCAGAAGAAAAAACUGAAUUAGUCGGUAGGAUAGUGGCAGUGCUUGGUGCUAAGAAGGCUAUAGAAAUAUACAAGGAGACACAAAGAAUUGAAGCUGAUGGAGGUAUGCUGGUGAUGAAUGGGACACGAAGACGUACUCCAGGCGGCAUAUACUUCUUUUUACUGAAGCGGGAUGAUGACGUGUCUCAAGAUAUGAUUAAUCAAAUAUUUACUGAGGAUCGAAAGAACACUGCACGCAGGCUAAAACAAACGCGGGCUCGAAGUCGCCAAAAGGUUAUGGAGCAGUUAAAACAAAGUCUCACAGAUUCAGAACUGCCAUCUCUUCUUUCACGAGGUGAGGCUACUGUUCAAUCAGAACACGGCUCCAAUCCUCCGCCUUCUCCAGCGACCGAUGCUCGGGACUGUUCCAGCGACACUGACGGGCACUCACACAUAGAACAGCCGCCCUCCCCCCCACGCCCUAGAUCUCCUCUACCUGACCGGACCUCCAGGGAGAUACAGCAGUACGACGAUGAUGACUUCUUAGAGGUCAUGUGCAAUGACGACAUGGACAUGUUCUAAAUUUGAAAAUCUGGUGCUCUCAGCCUAAUUUCCGUUUAAGAAUCCGUGCUAGUAUAUGACAUAAAAAAUUAUGUCUGUUAGCAUUCCCGAAAUCUUAAAUGUGGCUGUGAACUUUUACUGUUUACAAGACUCUAAUAUUGCCUUGAAAGUUGAAAUACUGUAUUGCUUUAUUCAUCAUAAAUUCAAAGUAUCUAAGACUUAAAUUCUAAGUCGAUCAGUAUAUAUAAACUGCAAAUUCUAUUUAAAAUGUCUUUUAGUGAUUUAAAAAUUAAAUUCUACAAACGAAAGCCAUUAUGAGAAUGGAUAUGAUAGAGUGAAUUGCUAUGAACAGUUGACACAGCCACAAAUUGUGUGUGAACACAACUGUUUAAAUUUUUUUUAUGAUAAGAAUUGUAGAUAAAAAUGUAUAUUACUGACUAGUACGAUGUAGCCUAUUGUUUUAGGUCUCCUGAUAAUCUGGUGAAUAUUUUUUGGUUUUCUUAUCAAUUAAAAUUUACCAUGAUCUCACUAUCUCAAUGGACUACGAACUUUGAAGCCCCGGCUGCUGUUUGUAGUUACAUAUCAAAAUUUUAUAUUUUUCAGACUCCUCGACUACUCUACAGGAAUACCACAUAAUAUUCUAAAAAAUAAUAGCUUCUUGUACAACAAUUAUUUAUACAUUGUUUAAGUUCAUUGUUUUAGGAACUGUUUUGUACUUAGUGUAGUUCCGCUACAGUAAUUUUGGUACUUUAUAUUUUUAUAAAUAUAUUUAUUAUAAUUUAUGGGCAUUAGGGUGCAUUUAACAUGGACUUCUAAUAAACUACUCUCGGUGAAUUGCUGUAAUAAGUUUUUUCCACUUCUGUUCAUGAUUAUCGAUUCAAGGGUUCUCCAAACAUGACCUUUAUAUUGGUUUUGAUCAGUGUUGUCAUACCACAUACCGGAUGCAUCCUUACAAUUUCAUAUCCGCCUAUAUUAUUAUAAUCAAAACCAUAUCUGGAUGGUUCCAAAACUUGAGCUGUGUAUUAUAGCCGAUAGCUGGUAGUGUAGACAAUAAUAGGUAUUAUAGUAUAAGGUGUCUAAUAAACAUUUUUCAUAUUGUCAUUGUAUAAUUACAAUAGCGUAAUAAUUUAUUCAAUAUUACUGAUUUUAUUUGCUGCUCAUUUGAGUAUUUUUACUAAUGUAAAAUGGGCAGUUGAUUUUCUUAAUUUAAAGUUCUUAUUAAAUAAGCCUAAUUUGAUACAUAAUAAAAUGAAUCCAAAAUAGAUGAGAAUUGUGAUCUAUUGUAAAUACACUAUGACAUGUAAAAAUUAAGGGAUUUAUCAUCUGAUGGCCGGUAAUACCUUUUUUAUUUAUUACACGCCACCUGUUAGAUCUUAGUGUAAAGCGUGCUUGCGAGUCAUGUAACACAUUGUUUUCAAGUAUAUUUAUUAAUUUGGUCUGUAGUCUGCUGGAUUGAUGUCAUUCGUUUUAAGAUUAUAUAAUGAUGUUGUGUGAACAAGGAGUGGCACAGUCCUCUGAAUGUUACAGAGUGGUCUACACAGACACUGAUCUAUUUGUAUAAUAAAGUUUUUUAUAAAGCUA